AUGUCAAAAAAAGUUACAUUCAUUAGAAAUUUAGUUAGAGUUCAACCAGAACCAUGGUUUGUUACAAAGCGUGGUGGUUUACAAGAGGUUUUUAAAGUACAUCCAGAGGAGGCUGAUCAAGAAAUGGGUGAGAAUGAUAAUGAAAACGACGAUGAAGUCGAAGUCGACGAUCAAGAGGAGGUCGAAGAGGAUGAAGAUGAAGAUGAAGAUAACCCAAAUCAACUCGAAGCAGAACAAGACGACGAUUUCGAUGAAGAUCUCUACGAAGACAAAGUGGCAUACGACGAAUCACAUCAAAACGAAAAAAUGCAGCUCGACAGACACAUGAAGCAGUCUCGUCAACUGUUCUUGCGUAAACGUUGGGUACAAAGAAUUAAAUGGGGUCAAUUUUUAACAUAUACAGUAGAUAACUAUGAAACACUUAGAGAAUCCAAUAUCAACCGAAUUUUAGCAAUCAAUCAAGAUCAACCAAAUCAAACAUUUUAUUAUGAUACAAUAAAGUUAUCAUCCAUAGCAAGAGAAGAUGCAAUGGAUCGUUUAGUUAUGUACAAGAUUGAAAGAAAGAAUAAAUGGCUAUAA